CUCUUGUAUACGUACAAAGCACACACUCGGUUUCUAGUACCAGUGUGUAUGUGUGUAUCGAACAAGAAUACCAAUGGCGGGUCCAUCGAAACGGCCUUGUUCCCGGGUGUGGCAAAGUCUGGUUCUCCGUCUACUGGGUGCUGCUAGCCUUUGGCUAAUUGACGUAACCUUGGCGGCGGACUUUGACUUUCCGAACGCUACCGUGACAACGUUGGCCUUUGGUUCCUGCCACAAACGCAAAUAUGCGGCACCUCACGUAUGGCGAUCCGUCCAAGCCCAACAGCCGCAAGCGUGGUUGUGGACGGGUGAUUCCGUCUAUCCUCCCGCACACGGCAUGGCGUCCGUGGAGCUACUGGAGGAAGAAUAUCGUCAAAUGAAAACGAAUGCGAGUCUCGGAUACGCCACCUUUCAACCACCGCUCGGAAUAUUUGGCACUUGGGACGAUCACGACUACGGAGGCAACGAUAUGGGAUCGUCCAUGCCGGACCAAGCCGCGCGGUCGCGUGCCUUUUGGGACUUUCUGGGUCGGCAACCUCCAUCUCGGCACGGAUUGUACCACAGCGUCUCUUGGGGCAACCCUCCGUCACGGCAAGUGCAGGUAUUCUUUCUGGAUACGCGUUCGUUUCGACGAGACCAUUGCGUACCCAGUGUCGCCACCUAUAUCCCACUGGGUGCGGGAAUUGCGUGUCUCACGCGAUGGUUGUCCGCUGGGUUGUGGCCUAGUCUGUGUCAGGCUCCGGACAAUGCCUUGCUCGGACACGCACAGUGGGACUGGCUGGCCACGGAGCUGUCUCAGUCACAAGCAUCAGUGAACGUCAUUGUCAGUAGUAUCCAAGUGCUGACUACCAAUCCGGUUAUGGAAACCUGGGGACAUUUUCCCUUGGAACGGGCGAAGCUCUUGCAGUUAAUUAGCGAUAGCCGCGCCAGGGGUGUGGCCUUGCUCUCCGGUGACGUACACCACGGUGAAAUCUUGGAUCCGUGGGCGAAUUGGAAAAAGAGCGGCGCGGACACUUUCUCUUCCCUAUUGGAAGUGACCAGCUCGGGUAUGACCCAUACCUGCACCAAAGGUUUGUACGGAGCUCUUUGUCGCCCUCUCUUGGACGCGUUCGCCUCCCAUCGGCAACGGCCCGAUGCCUACUAUACGGGCCGCAAUUUUGGUAUUUUAACGAUCGACUGGUCGCAAGCAACCUUCACAGUGAACGUCCUGGACCAAGACGGCAGAGGCGUCCUGUCCACCGGACCACAAAAGUUUAAUCAACGUGCGCUAACGCCGAAGGAAGUGCUGGCCGUUCCCGAUUGUGUGGAUGGACAUUUGCAAACAUCGGUCUUCGUGGCUAUCGUUGCUGGCCUCCUUUGGGUGUGGGCAAGAAUACGGAAUGAGCAGAACAAAAAGUGA